UAACGAAUAAGACAGGAAAAUUCAUUUCCGCCUAACCACCCGAGAAAACUAUUUAUUGCACGCACUUUGCCUUAAUUGCACCCAAUUAUAAUAGGAGUAUAUAUACAUACAGUAUAAUAUAUAUAUAUAUAUACACACACACAUAUAUACUGGUUUAUUUGUAAAAUGGCAAAUACGUUUCCUCCCGACUCUGGACUCCAAGGAAUCCGUGAAGACGACGACAGCAGCGAUUCUGGUACCGUUGUUAAAACGAUGAUGUUCUUCAGUACGGCGAUGCUUACUUUGCCGAUUCUCAGCUAUUUCCUCAGUAAAUGGCUUAUCUUCGAGAAUAUAUUCAAAAUGUCCAACAGCGAUUCCUAUUUCUACGCAGCCAUCGGUUCCAUUUUCACCGUUCACAUCAUCCUAGCGUUGUUUGUCUAUUCGGCAUGGAAAGAAGGCGCCAAGACUGUUUAUACUUUCAAACGUGAUUAAAGAACAAAAAACAGACAGAAGUGAUGAAAUCUCAGAAACCAAAUUUAUUUUUAAAAAGGACAGUGAAAGAAAAACACGAAAAAAAAAAUAAAAAGGGGUGUGGUGACAGGUGCGAUUAAAUAAUGAUCGAUGUUCGAUUGGUAAGUAAAACCAACAGCUACCGAACAACGAACUCUUAUGGAUAAAUUAUUAGACCUGACUUGAACUUUUUCUUUUAACCCCUUUUAUAAUUUGUCCGUGGAUUGUGUAUACUUUGAGGGCAGCUGUUAUAAAGCCUGCAAAUUUUCCUAUUAAUCUCUUAUUUAUGUUUAUUUGUCUAAAAACUUGAGACUUCUUUCGUAUCCAUUCCUGACACAGUUGAGUGCUGGACUAAUUUCUAAAAUGUUAGUUAUCUGCCUGUUUUCAGUUCUAUACUUGACGGCAACUUAGUAGAGUCUUAUUACUGUAUUACCAUGUUUUGUAAAGGAAGUAAAAUCAACAAACGGCCUUGGGCCUAGUAUAUAUUUAAAAAUAA